UUUAAAAUUGGAAUCUAUAAAAUUUAGCUAAAAAAAAUGAGCACAAAACUGGAGAAGGAGCGAGUGAAGUUGAUCCAGGAAAAGUGUCAGCAGAUGUUGAACGAGAUGCUGAGGGAUGAGGACAACAAAUACUGUGGGGAUUGCGAUGCCAAGGGCCCCCGCUGGGCCUCCUGGAAUUUGGGGAUCUUCCUCUGCAUCCGCUGCGCCGGGAUCCACCGGAACUUGGGGGUUCAUAUUUCCAAGGUGAAGAGUGUCAAUUUAGACACGUGGACGCCGGAGCAGGUCGUGUCGAUGAACAACAUGGGCAACUCCCGAGGCCGGGCCGUGUACGAGGCCAACAUUCCGGACACGUUCCGCCGCCCACAGACGGACACCACGCUGGAGAAUUUCAUACGAGCGAAAUAUGAGCAUAAGAAAUACAUUGCUAAAGAGUUUGUCCCCACGGUGGUGGGGAGGGUGGAUUGGACCCACGAGAUCGACGAACUCAUCGCGGCCAAGUCAAAGAAGAAACUGCACCCUCCAAAUAAUUCUAUCCUGUUUCCUAAAUUGACCAUUGCUGGUGGUGCUACUACUCCAACUCCUGCUCCAAAACCUGAACCAAAGGAAAUCCCCGUUCAAGAACCAAAAGUGGAGUCUUUAUUUGAUUUAAAUGAUAUCGUUAUCAGUUCGGUGGACACGACACAGGCGGCGACGCAGCAGCAGAAUCAGCAGUUGCUGCAGGAUUUGAGCAUUUCCACGGGAGUGGGAGAGAUGGGGGCGGAGAAAAAAUUGACCAAGGAGUCCAUUCUGAGUUUGUAUAAUAAUUCCGGUCAACAACAACAGCAGAUGCAGCAGCAGCAAAAUCCGUUUUUACAACAGCAGUCGCAGUCACAGCAGUCACAGAAUCAAAAUUUUUUCAAUUUUUAAACGUGGUUUUUUUACGGAUAUUUAAUAAAUUAUUGGUAAAUUAUUAA